AUGAAACGAUCAUUAGAGAUUGAGUUAAUCUCAGCGGAAGGACUCAAGGUAGAUCGUAAACCAGUGAAGAAGAAGACAUUCUGCGUCGUGAGAAUCGAUCAGAAUUCAGAAGUUACAAAAAUAGACACAUUUGGCGGGAGUCAUCCGAUUUGGAAAGAUAAAAUCGUGAUGGAGAUGCCUAUGGACGGGAGUGUAAGGUUUAUCAUCGUCGAGGUGAAAUAUCGAACAAAAGGUGGCGCUGAGAAGAGUGUUGGUGUCGCCAAGAUUCCGGUGACGGAUUUCGUCGGAGGAUUUGCUCCUCAAGGGCAUUUGAAUUUCUUGAGUUACAGGUUGAGAGACCAGUGUGGAGACAAAAGCGGAAUCGUCAAUGUCUCGAUAAUGGUGAAACCAGACGGCAGCUAUAAAUCGCCUUCUCCUACGGUGGCUCAGAAGGAUUAUGCCGCGUGUUCGUCGCAGGCUGCGGCGGCGGCGAAUGGUCAAAUGUGGAGACCGAGGACGUCUUCAUCAAUGGCGACGACGGUUGGUUAUGGCGGACGAGUAGUCACUGGUGUUCCUGUUUGGUGUGCUAACAACAACAACAAGUCGUCCAUUGGUUAUAGAAAUAGUACCAAGUGGUGA